AGCUGUUUGAGGGGCAGUACGUAUACUAGCCGCGCAUGAAUACGCUAGGACAUGAGCGCGCGGAGCACGUUCAGAAAAACUAGCAAUGGAAAACAGUUAUGCUAGAGGUGUUUACUCGAAAAACCGCAUAAGCUACUCCUUUCCCAGGAAGAAGAAUUACCACGACGAAAACGGAAAUGACUUAGUUGGGCACUGCUUCGGCGUGAACGCCAUAGCGUGCGAUCAGGAGCGAUCAAUCGUGUACAGCGCUGGUCGCGACACGACGAUACGCGCUUGGAAUUACAAAACCCUGUUCGAGGACACGGGUGAUUGCAUACGCGAUCUAGGGGAAUGGCUGUGUGACAGCGAGGGCAAUGACGCAGGUCAAGUAAGUCAGAACAUUGGCUUUAUGAACUGCUUCGAGUACCACAACGACUGGGUGAAUGACAUUUCGCUGUUGCAGCGCGGAACGAAGUUGGUUAGCUGUAGCAACGACUGCAAUCUGAUAAUGGCCCCGCUAGAAUUCGAGGGAGACUCGGUGAAGCUCAAGGACCGCGUUAGUUACAUAGACAUUAGCACUGAUUACGUUAAAAAGGUUAAAUGCUUCGAAAAGAACGGGUCAAUCAAUCUGUUCUCGAUGGGAUUUGACAGAAAUAUUCGUUACUUUCAGAUUCCCCAAAGCGGGGAUGCAAUAUCCGUACACGAGAUGUCCGUCAAGUAUUCUCCCUAUUCGAUGGCAGUGGAGGACCGCGGGAGCUAUUACUUGAUCGCUGUAGGCGGCACCGAGUCGCACAUUACGUUCUACGAAACGCGGACAGAAAAGAAAAUUCGCAGACUGAAGGGAAACACGGACAACAUCAAGGCGCUGUUGCUAGACCAGGAGAAAGACCAAUGUAUUUCUGGCACCUCGGGGGGCUUCGUCAACGUGUGGGACUUCAGAAGCGAGGGAAACAAGCCUAUCAAGACGUUACGCAUUCACGAGGAUUCUGUUUGGUGUUUUUCUAGAAUUCCGCAGGACUUGCUCGGCACGAAAAACUUCGCACCCGACUCGCCCUUGAGCGCUCCGGAGUCUUCCUCCUGGCUGGUUUCUGGGGGUAGAGAUGGCAAGAUUUUCCUCACAGAACUCGAAAAAAACGUCAAUAUUCUUUUUUGUCGCGACCUGCCUCCAGUGUUGAGUCUGCUCCCCCUAUCCGAGCGGGGGGGCUCGUCCGCGCCCGUUCUGUCCAUCUGGGCAUCGACGAGCGAAGCGAACGUCUUCAACUGGAUGCUCCAGCCGCAGGAAAAAGGCGUUGAGAGCUACUCCGCGCCGCUCGAUCUCGAGCCGCCGCCCUCCGUCCGGCCGGACUACUUCUCGGCCUUUUGCGAGGUCAACGACGUUUUAUGCGUGCAGGAGCCGGAGUCUAUGAGGCCGGUGCUGACGAAAGAGGAGGCCCGCGUAAAAACGCCCUCUUCGUCCUACAUCGUCGACUACCACAUAUUGAAUGACAAAAGGCAUAUUUUGACCAAAGAUUCCGACAACAGGGUCCAUCUGUGGAACGUGCUGAGCGCGACAGUGGAGAAGGACUAUGGCAAGGCGUGCGUCGAGACCGUCCUCGAAGAGCUCAACCGAAAAGUUUACGUCCCUUCGUGGUUCACAGUCGAAAAAAAAGCUGGGAGUUUGAACAUUGUCUUGAACCCCGCAGAUUUCCUCAAUUCGCACGUGAGUCUGAUGGAUCUGGGCAUACGGACGAAAGGUGGCGUUUCGCUGGGUCUCGAAACGUUGAGGUCUUUGUUCAGGACGAGGAUUGGUGGUCAAACUGCUGCUCACUUGAAUUCUUCGGCUGGAAGCCGGUCGUCUAGCACCGCCGAUCAAGGCUCGCAAUCUUUCAAAAUUCACUCGCUCAGCAGCUUUUCGUCAGCCCACUACGUGUCGUCAUCCAAGCACGAGCAGGACGCGGAGGAGGCGAUGUCCAGUUCUGCGAUGUACGAAGAAUCUACGCACUUCACGGAGGAGAACGACAGUUAUUUGAGCGAGUCUUACAGCGACACGGCUCAUCUUCAGGUAUAUGGGGAACAGCUGUCUGGAGAGAAGAGCAAUUCGGUAGUUCACUUGGGGGGGUAUCUUAAACCUUAUUGUAAUCAAUUGAAUUCUGUCUUCAACGUCUCUCCUUUGUCUUAUAUCACCUGCACCAGUGGGCUGAAGUGCAUCCUCAGGUGUCGAGUGGGAGACGCGUUCAAGUACGAGGUUCCAGGUUGGGUGCACAGUCUGUUCACAGCGCAGCCGCAAAGCACAGUCAUUCCGCUGAGUCUGAUGAGGGUCGAAAAAGUUAAUGAGAAGCUCAUGCCGUAUUGCGGCGGCUUUUCGAAGAAGGAGGACAACGCCGAGGGGACUUUCAAGCUCUGUGAUCUGCGCGACAGUUUGGCGGACCAAAUAGACGUUCCGGCCAGCUCGAUUGAAUUUUAUUGCGGAAAUGCGCACUUGGCCGACAUGGAGAUGGACAUUCAGUCUGUCAAGUAUUAUCACGGGAAUCCCAGGUCGGACAAGUUGGUGAUAUCUUAUCUUUGCGGCUGAAUAAAGUUGUACGUUUCUCGAAAAAGUUUUCAAAAAAAGAAAAAAAAAAAUAGGGUAAACGAAA